CGUUGCUGUCUCCAAGAAUAACCUGCCUCUUCAGCCGGGAGCAAGGGAACUCUUCUCCUCCUUAAAGCCUGUGGAGCCCAGGCCUCUUGGAGCAUCUUUGGGGCUGACGCAGCGGAGGUUCCGGGAGCACGCAGUCACUCCCGCCAGGAGGCUGCCAUGCCCCACAUUCCCGAGGACGAGGAGCCCCCCGGAGAGCCACAGGCAGCCCCGAGCCCCGCCGGCCAAGACCCUGCCACCGCAGGAAUAUCUUGCAGUCCACCCACCAUCAUCCUGACUGGGGAUGCCAGUUCACCGGAAGGAGAAACUGACAAAAACCCGGUCGACAGAGCCCACAGUCCCCACAGGAGGCUUUCUCACCGACACUUGAAGGUUUCCACUGCUUCGCUGACUUCUGUGGACCCUGCAGGGCACGUCAUUGACCUGGUCAAUGACCAGCUGCCGGACAUCAGCAUCUCAGAGGAGGACAAGAAGAAAAACCUGGCGCUACUGGAGGAAGCCAAGUCGGUAAGCGAGCGGUUCCUGACCCGCCGUGGAAGGAAGUCCAGGAGCAGUCCCGCAGACUCCUCACCAGCUGUUUCCCCAAACCUCAGCCCCGGAGCUUCUCCUGCAUCCUCUCAGAGCAACUCCCUCACGGUCCCCACUUCGCCCGGUUUGGAUGUGUGCAGUGCCCCACCGUCCCCUCUGCCCGGAGCUCCACCACAGCAGAAGGGGGAUGAGGCCGAAGUCCCUUCACCUCACCUUGGCGAGUCUAAUGUUCUCAAAGGGCUAGCUGACCGGAAGCAGAAUGACCAGAGAAAACUGUCUCAGGGCAGGCUGACUCCCCGCUCUCCCACAGUUGAGAAGUCCAAAGAAAUUACAAUAGAACAGAAGGAAAACUUCGAUCCCCUCCAGCGCCCGGAGGCCAUACCCAAGGGCCCAGCUUCUGGCCCAGGCGGUGGUGGGAAGAUGGCCCUUAACAGCCCCCAGCCUGGCCCUGUGGAGAGUGAGCUGGGGAAGCCGCCGGCAAAGACAGCCAAGGAGGGCAACCCUCUGCCCAGAGCUCCAACCCAGGGCUCUGGGGGGGUGGCUCCCCAGGCCCCCCAGGGGAAGAGUACAAUCGGAGAGCCCACAGGGUCCAAGGUUGGCUCCAAAGCUGAGCUGUGGCCCCCGACGUCCCGGCCGCCACUGCUGCGGGGCGUCUCCUGGGACAGCGGCCCCGAAGAGCCCGGCCCCCGGCUGCAGAAAGUGCUCGCCAAGCUGCCGCUGGCUGAGGAAGAGAAGCGUUUUACAGGCAAAGCUGGCAGCAAGCUGGCCAAGGCACCCGGACUCAAAGACUUUCAGAUACAAGUGCAGCCUGUGCGGAUGCAGAAACUGACCAAGCUUCGUGAGGAGCACAUCCUGCUGAGAAAUCAGAACUUAGUGGGGCUCAAGCUUCCAGAACUUAGUGAAGCGGCCGAGCAGGAAAAAGGACACCCUUCUGAACUCUCCUCAGCUAUUGAGGAAGAAGAGUCAAAAGGUGGGCUGGAUGUCAUGCCCAAUAUUUCUGAUGUGCUGCUUCGCAAACUGCGGGUCCACAAAUCCCUCCCUGGAAGUGCCCCUCCACUCACUGAAAAGGAAGUCGAGAACGUGUUUGUACAACUGUCCUUGGCCUUUAGAAAUGACAGCUACACCCUGGAAUCUAGAAUUAACCAGGCGGAAAGGGAACGCAACCUGACAGAGGAAAACACGGAGAAGGAACUGGAAAACUUCAAAGCUUCCAUUACGUCCUCAGCUUCCCUCUGGCACCACUGUGAGCACCGGGAGACCUACCAGAAGCUGCUGGAGGACAUUGCUGUCCUGCACCGCCUGGCUGCCCGCCUCUCCAGCCGUGCCGAGAUGGUGGGGGCCGUCCGCCAGGAAAAACGCAUGUCAAAAGCAACAGAAGUGAUGAUGCAGUAUGUGGAGAACCUAAAGAGGACGUAUGAGAAGGACCAUGCAGAGCUCAUGGAGUUUAAAAAACUUGCAAAUCAGAAUUCGAGCCGUAGCUGUGGCCCCUCUGAAGACGGAGUCCCUCGCACAGCGCGGUCCAUGUCCCUCUCCCUGGGAAAGAAUAUGCCCCGCCGGAGGGUCAGCGUUGCCGUGGUGCCCAAGUUUAAUAUCCUGAACCUGCCGGGCCAGUCACCCAGCUCAUCCCCCAUCCCCUCCUUACCAGCCCUGUCAGAAUCAUCCAAUGGGAAAGGCAACCCACCUGUCACCUCAGCACUGCCUGCACUUUUGGAAAAUGGAAAGACGAAUGGGGACCCAGAUUGUGAAUCCUCUGCUUCUAUGCCGACUCCAAGCUGCCUGGAGGGGAUCAGCCAGGAGGCUAAGGCCAGGAUGGAGGAAGAAGCCUACAACAAGGGAUACCAGGAAGGUCUAAAGAAAACCAAGGAGCUUCAAGACCUGAAGGAGGAGGAGGAAGAACAGAAGAGUGAGAUCCCUGAGGAGCCGGAAGAGGCAGAAGAAACUGAGGAAGAGGAAAAGGAGCAGAGAAGCAGCAAACUUGAAGAAUUGGUUCAUUUCUUACAAGUCAUGUAUCCCAAACUGUGUCAGCAUUGGCAAGUCAUCUGGAUGAUGGCCGCGGCGAUGCUGGUCUUGACUGUCGUGCUGGGGCUCUACGGGUCCCAUAACUCUUGCGUAGAGCAGGGCGACGGGUCCCUUGGGAAAUCCACGUGCUCGGCAGCCCAACGGGACUCCUGGUGGAGCUCAGGACUCCAGCAUGAGCAGCCUACAGAGCAGUAGAAAACCUGACGCCCAGUCAGUGCCCUGCUCCAGCACACAGCCCGCCGCCCUUUCCUCAUGCGUGAUGCGUCGGGCCUGGGCAUGGGCAUGCCACUGCUGCCCUCGGGGAACGAGCAGGGGUUCUUUACACUUGGCACCCCUGUGGGAGCUAUUCACAUGCAAUAGCUGAUGUUCCUGGAGGAUCAACAAAAAGCAUCAGUGGACAAAGAAGUAGUCAUCACCAGGACUUGAAGAGAAGGGAAGGUGGCUGCGCCAGUUCAGAUGGCUGGGGAGAAACAAAAUACCUUCCUCACAGGCGAACGUGAAAAGCCCACUCUCCUUGGUUUUCCUCUCUACAACCCAUCGGAAAUUAGGAACAAUUGUGCCUAAGGGCUAACUCUGCCCUGAAGAUCAGACCUGGAAUUUGGAAUAGCAACAUGAGUAUCUUCCCAUUUCACAUCUCAUUCUUACUGACACUCCUUCAGCCUCCCCGACUCCCCAUGGCAAUCAGAGUUUCUCUUUACAGAAGACGGAAAGGUUUCUCACAAAAAUAUUUAGGCUGAUUUUAGCUCAGUGCUUGAAAUGAAAUGGGAAGAUGUAAAUUAAUACAUAUGCCUCUGUACACAUACAAUAGACACACACACACAGAACUCACACAUGCAUGAAGUCAACUAUCCUCCAAAUGUGUGCCUCUGGGUGUGUGUUGGGCAGAAAGCCAACCCACAGAUUUUCACUACGUGUGGGGCAGUCACCAGGCACUUACCUGUUCAGUGAGCUCUCCACGUGGAUUUACGAUGUUUGAGAAACACUGAAAACUCAUGACUCGCGUGGUGAACUUGCUGGUCUCCAUUUCCAGUGUUAAUUCUAAGCUGCUAUACAGCGUGGUGGGGGCUUCCCGGGUGACUCAGGGGUAAAGAACCCACCUGCCAAUGCAGGAGACACAGGUUCAAUCCCUGGGU